GCGGGUACGCGCUCGCUGCGUCGACGUGCUGACGACAGGACGCCCGGGCCGGUGUGUGUCGGUGUGUAUGUGUGUGUGUGUGUGUGUGUGUGUGUAUAUGUGUGUGUUUGUGUGUGUGUGCGCGCUCCGAGAGUGUGUAUUUGUGUAUCGGCGGUCCCGCAGGUCCCGGAUGUUGCGGGCAGUAUGAGGCGAGCGCAGGGGGACAGGGACCAGCUGCUGUCGCCGCCGUUCUCAGAGAUUUCCUGCUAGACAAGACAAAUUAGAGUUUACCUACUGACUUGACUUGGUCAGCAGGAAAAUAAAUGGUGGCACAUAAAGACAUCCUCAACCGAGACUUGUCAGUGUGCUAGAGUUGGGUGAAGAAAAGCCAGAAAUCUUUGCCCCCUGACUUUGGAAACCCAGUUUAACCUUCAAACUGGCGAUGUCAAGGGUUCCAAGUCCUCCACCUCCGGCAGAAAUGUCGAGUGGUCCCGUGGCAGAGAGCUGGUGCUAUACACAGAUCAAGGUAGUGAAAUUCUCCUACAUGUGGACCAUCAACAACUUUAGUUUUUGCCGGGAGGAGAUGGGUGAAGUCAUAAAAAGUUCAACUUUUUCAUCAGGAGCCAACGAUAAACUGAAAUGGUGUUUGCGAGUAAACCCAAAAGGGCUGGAUGAAGAAAGCAAAGAUUACCUGUCACUUUACCUGUUAUUGGUCAGUUGUCCAAAGAGUGAAGUUCGGGCAAAGUUCAAGUUCUCCAUUCUGAAUGCCAAGGGAGAAGAAACCAAAGCUAUGGAGAGUCAGCGAGCUUAUAGGUUCGUGCAAGGCAAAGACUGGGGAUUCAAAAAAUUUAUUCGUAGAGAUUUUCUCUUGGAUGAGGCCAAUGGGCUUCUCCCUGAUGACAAGCUCACCCUCUUCUGUGAGGUGAGUGUAGUACAAGAUUCUGUCAAUAUUUCUGGACAGAAUACUAUGAACAUGGUAAAGGUUCCUGAGUGCCGGCUGGCAGAUGAAUUAGGAGGGCUGUGGGAGAAUUCUCGAUUCACAGACUGCUGCCUGUGUGUGGCUGGCCAAGAGUUCCAGGCUCACAAGGCCAUCCUAGCAGCUCGGUCUCCAGUUUUCAGUGCCAUGUUUGAACACGAAAUGGAGGAGAGCAAAAAGAAUCGGGUUGAAAUUAACGACGUGGAACCUGAAGUUUUUAAGGAAAUGAUGUGCUUCAUUUACACGGGGAAGGCUCCAAACCUUGACAAAAUGGCUGAUGAUUUGCUGGCAGCUGCUGACAAGUAUGCCCUGGAGCGUUUGAAGGUCAUGUGUGAGGAUGCCCUCUGCAGUAACCUCUCCGUGGAGAACGCUGCAGAAAUUCUCAUCCUGGCUGACCUCCACAGCGCAGAUCAACUGAAAACUCAGGCAGUGGAUUUCAUCAACUAUCAUGCUUCGGAUGUCUUGGAGACCUCUGGGUGGAAGUCAAUGGUGGUGUCACAUCCCCACUUAGUGGCUGAAGCAUACCGCUCUCUGGCUUCGGCACAAUGCCCUUUCCUGGGGCCCCCACGAAAACGCCUGAAGCAGUCCUAAGAUCCUGCCAGUUGUGAGACUCCAUUUAUUUUCCAGAAGCAGCAGCCACCGUUGCUGCCACUGACCACCAGGUAGACAGCGUAAUCUGUGGAGCUUUUACUCUGUGUCGGGGGAAAGACUGCACCAUGACCCAGACUUUAAAACAGCACUAAAUAACUUAGGGGAACGGGGGGGGAGGGAAGGGCCCAGGACUUGGGGCUACUCAACCUAAUGAAAACCCUGUUGCCGUGUCACCGUGUUCCCUGUGGCCUGACCAAGUCUGACACUGGGAUGCAGUUUAGGCGCUGGCCCCAAGCACAUCCCAGCAGUGGUACUUCGGAGAAGCCUGCCUGCAUCUGACUGAGCAGAGCAGAUCGUCAGGUGCCCGGAGCAAAAAGGAAAAAAAAAGGACAUUUAGUUUUAAGAGAAGGGAAAAGGAAAGAAGAAUUUUUUUUCAAAAAUCAGUUUGUGGAUUCCAGUAGUAUUUAUGUUGAAAGAAGCAAAUUUUAGUCCUUCCAACUGUGCUAAACCUUGGAUAUUUGUGAAAACUCCUCACUACCAUUCAAGUAUCCGAAGAGCUCUCUCGUUCGCACUUACUGUUUGCAAGAACAGAGCCCAUCCUUUUGUCCUCUUAGGAAAAGUGGUACAUGAAGGCAGAGGGGAGGAGGCGAUUUGAUCUGGAAGAUGAGUGUUUUGAUGGUAGUGGCUUUUGCAAAAUCCUUAUUGGUGUUGAAAACUGGAAAAAAUAAUUCAUCCAGAAUUCAUACUGUCUUGACAAGAACUAUGGUUCUGUUUUUAGAUAUUGUGGAAAAUGGUGGGGUUUUUUUUUGGCAUUUUUCUCUGAUUUUAUUUUUUCUUCCCUUCCUCCUCCAUUUUUCUAAAAAAAAAAAAAAAAAAAAAAAAAGAAGAAGAAACAAAUCCAGAAAAUACAUAAAACAAAAAGAAAGAGAAAAAGAAAUUUUAUUAUUAUUGCUAUGUGGAAAAAAAUGCCAGCCCAGAUUGCCCAGCUGUUUGUACCUGACUUGUCGCCUGCAUAGGAGCCGUCCUGUCACUUCUGAUUGGCCCCUCUUCCAAAGGGGAGACUUCCAAAUGUUAAUUUUUUCUUUUUGAAAAUAUAAAUAAUUACUAUUUUGUA